CUGCCUCCAUUUGAAUCGGUGUCUCUGGAGAAACAUAGAGAGUAGACAUCUCAUUGGAAGAGCAGAAGAGCACCAACUAACAUACAGAUUAACUCCAUUCAGAGCAACAAGGUCAACAUGGGGGUCCUUUAUAAAACAAAAGCUAACGGAGGCUGAAGUGACUACAAUUCAAAAGUACUUCACUGAGUGAAAUGCACUUCAAUAACUGCUGAGGUCGUGAAAGGCACUAAAUAAAUCCCACACGUCAGACAUAGGACCAGGCUGGUCUCGAAAGCCUUCAGAUUGGCAACUGCCUCAGCUGCAUUGCAGGUGGAUUGGAGCUCGUAUGAAGAACAGGAAAAGAGUGUCCACACUCUUCGCACAUUGAGAGAGGAUCCCAUUUCAGAUACCGAGCUUACGUUAUCAAGCUCCUUUGGAUCUGAACAAAGUGUGGACGUGCUUGCAAAACGUAUCACAUGAGUGUGCCAGAAUAAUGCAGGAAUGGAGUCAGCAGGUUACAUGCCAGUUGAAUGAAUCUUGCAUGAAUGUCACUAAUCGCUGACUAUACAAGUACUGAGAUUGUGCUGUAUUUUGUGUGGUGUAACUCCGGUAACAUUGUGACCUGUCUCUGAAGAGAAGCCUCCAAACAGGUGAAACAGUAGAAGGAUGGCAUCGUUAUUUCGAAGUGAGGAGAUGUGUCUGACCCAGCUUUUCCUGCAAGUGGAGGCUGCCUACUGUUGCAUUUCUGAGCUGGGAGAGCUGGGCUUCAUGCAGUUUCGUGACCUGAACGCAAGUGUCAAUUUGUUCCAACGGAAGUUUGUAAAUGAAGUCAGGCGCUGUGAGGUGAUGGAGAGAAUUCUUCGGUUUCUGGAGAUCGAAAUGGAAAGGGAUGAGAUCAUCGUCCAGGAUGAUGGUGAGAAUCCGCAGGCUCCUCUUCCAAAGGAUAUGAUUGACCUGGAGGUGGUUCUGGAAAAGCUGGAGCAUGAUUUGAGGGAAGUGAACCAAAACCAGCAGACUCUCAAACAGAACUUUCUUGAGCUCACUGAGCUCAAACACCUGCUGAAGAAAACACAGGACUUCUUUGAGACUGAAGCAAAUUUAACUGAAGAUUUCUUCAGUGAAGACACCAUGCACCUGUUGGAAUUGCAGACUGCAACUGCAGUGAUUGCACCUGGUAGGCUGGGGUUUAUAGCUGGUGUGAUCCGUAGGGAGAGGAUGGCUGCCUUUGAACGCCUGCUCUGGAGAGCUUGCAGGGGAAAUGUCUACAUGAAACAGUCAGAGAUGGAAGUCCCUUUGGAAGAUCCAAGCACAGUAAGGAAUUCCUAUCUUGUGGAGGUACAGAAGAAUGUGUUUAUCAUCUUCUUUCAAGGGGAGCAGCUGAGACACAAAGUGAAGAAGAUCUGUGACGGGUUCCGUGCCACUGUGUACCCAUGUCCUGAGUCUGCCAAUGAGCGCCGAGAGAUGGCUGCUGGUGUGAAAACACGCAUUGAGGACUUGAAUACAGUACUUAACCAGACAGAGAGCCAUCGUCGCCGUGUUCUCCAGGAAGCGGCCAAGAACCUGCGCAACUGGCAGGUGAAAGUGAAGAAAAUGAAGGCAAUUUAUCACACCCUGAACCUGUGCAACAUCGACGUGACUCAACAGUGCCUGAUUGCAGAGACCUGGUGUCCGGUGGCCGACAUGGACAGGAUCAAGAAGGCACUCAAUCAGGGGAAGGAGCGCAGUGGUUCCAGUGUUGAUCCAAUCAUGACAGUUGUGCAGACCCAAAUGGCCCCACCCACCUUCAACAGGACCAACAAGUUCACAGCUGGGUUCCAGAACAUCGUGGAUGCCUAUGGAGUUGGGACAUAUCGAGAAAUGAAUCCUGCUCCCUAUACAAUCAUCACGUUUCCAUUCCUGUUUGCUGUCAUGUUUGGAGACUGUGGGCAUGGAGCAGUCCUCUUGGGAUUUUCACUUAUCAUGAUCAUUAAUGAGAAAGCCUUUGCUGCCCAGAGAGGAGGCAAUGAGAUCUGGAAUACUUUCUUCAGUGGACGCUAUCUCAUUCUGUUGAUGAGCAUAUUCUCUAUUUACACUGGAUUUAUCUACAAUGAUUGCUUCUCAAAGUCCUUCAAUAUAUUUGGAUCCUCGUGGCAUGUCAGAGGGAUGUUUUAUAAUGGAACGUGGAAUGAUGAGAUCGUUGCAAACAAUCUGUUACUACAGUUAGAUCCUGCUGUGCCGGGAGUAUUCUCAGGAAACCCGUAUCCAUUUGGCAUUGAUCCGAUUUGGAACAUUGCUUCAAACAAGCUAACUUUCCUCAACUCCUACAAGAUGAAGAUGUCAGUCAUCCUUGGUGUCACACAAAUGGUGUUUGGUGUUGUCAUCAGCCUCUUCAACCACAUCUACUUCAAGAGCAAAGUCAACAUCUUCCUUCAGUUCAUACCAGAAAUGAUCUUCAUCUUGAGCUUAUUUGGUUAUUUGGUCUUCAUGGUUAUUUUUAAGUGGUGUUUUUAUCAUGUCGGCAUUUCCCAGUCUGCACCCAGUAUUUUAAUCCACUUCAUCAACAUGUUUCUGUUUUCCUACAAUGAUUCUUCCAACGUGUCCUUGUACCACUAUCAGAAAGAGGUACAGAGCUUUCUGGUGAUCCUCGCACUCAUUUCAGUCCCCUGGAUGCUUCUCUUGAAGCCUUUUAUUUUGCGAUCAAAUCACAAGAGAUCUCAGCAAAUGUUGGCAACAGCACAAGAGAAUGUCUACGUGUCGGAUGUAGCUGAUGCAGACAUCCUACAGCCCCAGCAAAGGAGCUCCACUGACCACGGUGAUGACCGUGAGGAUCAACAUGGCGAAGAGUUUAACUUUGGUGAUAUCUUUGUGCACCAAACAAUCCACACAAUUGAGUACUGUCUCGGUUGCAUCUCCAACACUGCUUCCUAUCUUCGGCUCUGGGCUCUAAGUUUGGCUCAUGCAGAGCUAUCUGAAGUCCUUUGGACUAUGGUCCUGCACAUUGGUCUGAGUAGUGCUUCCUGGGGUGGUCUCAUAGGUGUCUUCAUCAUUUUUGCAAUUUUUGCUGUCUUAACUGUUGCCAUUCUGUUGGUGAUGGAAGGACUAUCCGCUUUUCUUCAUGCAUUACGUCUUCAUUGGGUGGAAUUCCAGAAUAAGUUCUACAGUGGAUCUGGCCACAAGUUUAACCCAUUCUCAUUCAAAUCAAUUCUGGAUGGAAAUCCAGAUGAAUAAAGUGGAAUUUAAGAAUAAAAUAUCGGUACAAAAAGGACAUUUCUGCUAUAGAUUCAAAGGAUUGUUUAAAUUGCAAUCAAAUCAUCCAUGGACCUUGCUAAUCAAUUAACAUAUGAAUUAUUGAUUCUGAAGAGAUGUAUUUCUUAAUUUAAUUUUUGCGACUAUUAGAUUACCAAUAUUCAGGUGAAAUUGCAGAUUUUGAAAUUGAGUUUGGAGAGGGUGGGGAGGCUAUGUUAAAAUAGAGCAUGAAUACGUCAAAUA